AUGGCCGAUGCUCAGCCGUUCCUUGUAACUGUAGGUCCCGUGGGCACCGCGGACGGAUCUUCUCAGGUUCGCUUAGGUGGCACAUGUGUCUUGUGUGGAAUUAAAGCAGAAUUGACAACUCCUGCAGUAUGUCGGCCUGAUGAAGGUUAUCUCGUGUCGAAUGUGAAUUUAUCACCAAUGUGUUCAUCAUCGUUCCGUACUGGACCCCCUAGUGAAGAGGCUCAAUCCCUGAGUCAGUGGUUACAUGAUGUCUGGACUGAAUGCGAAUUGCUGGACGUGAAACAGUUGUGCAUCUCACCUGGCAAGCUAUGUUGGGUAUUGUAUGAGGACAUAACAUGUCUGAAUUACGAUGGCAGUCUUCAGCAGGCAUGUUUAGCUGCUUUGGUAACAGCUUUAAGGAAUCUACGCUUGCCAAGCGUUGAGAUAUCAGAGGAAACGCAGCGCGUCGUCCGCUCGUCAGAUUUAUCCCAGCCUGUCAGAUUGAAGUGUAUACCAACGGCUGUAUUCUUUGCUGUGGUGAGUGAUAAGAUGGCGCGCUCACCAUGUCGUGAAGAGGAGAGAAUAGCCUCAGGUCCCGUCAAUAUGGUUGCAAUAGAUCAAGAGAGACUCUGUGCUAUCACAAAGCAAGGUGGAAAGUCAAUCAACCAGUCAAUCUUGCGUCAGUGCUAUCAGCAGGCAUUAGCACAUGGUGAGGAAAUACGUAGAACAAUCAAUGAGGCAUGUAGCCAAGCAUAGCUGCCAAUGUCUACCUAUGAUAUUUAACUUCGUAUUGAUCAUCAUGUAAAUAUAGGCAUGGCAUCCAGAAUUGCAUAUUUAUCAUCAUAUAAAUAGACAUGGCAUUCAGAAAGCCAACCCAGCGUCACCGAGCUUAUCUGAAUUACCACCAAUAUGCUGUCAUAUCAACACAUACGCUCGUAAUUAUGAGCACGGGUGCACGCACACGCAGCACACACA